GAGAACAUGGGGACACUUAACAAGUGAAGCGGAGACGGUGGCCGUUCAUCUUUUACCUCCAAAACCAGAGCAGCAAAGAGACCAAAUCAAUGGCGGUCACCGCCGGAAAAUACGUCAAGAACUUUUCCCACUGUUUCGCCUCAGGCAUUCGCAUUCCCGUAUUUCCUUUCUCUCGUGCUAUUCCUUCCCCCUUCUCUUCCACCAUUCAUAAAAGAACACAGCUCCUAACUUCCUCUUCACUUAUUACACAUUUCUCUUCUUCUUCUUCCUCCCUUUCCUCUUCCGAUUACACAUCUGAGAAGUAUCUAUCUGUACGCAUCCGGUGCCGGAAAGAUAUCGUGGAUUUGCUUUCAGAAGCUCUGCUGAGUUUUGGUGCGAGUUCUACUUGUGUUGAUGAAGACGAUGUAUCUGGUAGCUCUCACGAGAUAUAUGUUGACACAAUAUUCCCUGAUGGUGAAGAUGUAAGUAAAUGCAUCUCAUAUGCAGCUGAUUCUGUAGGCUUGAAGGACUUACCUUCCUACGAAGUUACAAUUGGUGAACAACAUGAUUGGUUAAAGAAAUCCCAGGAAUCAUUUCAUCCAGUUAAGGUUACUGAGGGACUUUGGAUAGUGCCCGAGUGGACAACUCCCCCGGAUGUCCAUGCGACAAAUAUUGUUCUACAUCCUGGAUUGGCAUUUGGAACAGGGGAACACCCAACUACGAAGUUGUGUCUACUACUGCUCCACAGCUUAGUGAAAGGAGGGGAAUAUUUCUUGGACUAUGGCACAGGAUCUGGCGUUCUUGCAAUUGCAUCACUCAAGUUUGGGGCUGCCUUAUCUACUGGAAUUGAUGUAGACCCGAAAGCCAUUGAAUCUGCACAGAACAAUGCUGCUCUGAACAGUAUAGAACCCGAAAAAUUGCAACUUCAUUUGGUUCCUAGUGAUAUUGCAGAGUAUAAAUUUAGUGAAACGUUUAUAUCUGGAAAGGAGAACUUUGACAUCGUCAUUGCUAAUAUUCUUCUAAAUCCUCUGCUGGAUUUGGCUCAUCAUGUUGUCUCUUACGCCAAGCCUGAGGCAGUCGUUGGUCUCUCUGGUAUUCUAUCCGAGCAGGUUCCAGCUAUUAUAGAACGGUAUUCGCAAUACUUGGAAGACAUAUCAGUAUCAACUAUGGAUGAUUGGGCCUGUGUGACUGGCAGAAAGAAAAGGCUGCUUUCUAGCAGCUAAGACAGUCUCACUCAAUUAUUUCCAUAACUUUCACAGAAGAAUGACUAAUUUGAUAGAAGCAGCUGAACAACGAACAUCUCGUAAAUCUCAGGCUGCUAGGAUCAGGUAACAACCAGGUUUUCUUCAAGUAGGACGACUUAACUUAAGCGCGAAAUGCUGCAAUCAACUAGUUCCUUGAAAGCUGAAUAUCAUGUGAAGUUAUGAACAAGAUCCAAUCCUUCUCCCAUGCUUCAACCAGAUGGAUCAUAUGCAUAGUUUAUAAUUGGACAAUUGGACAAGAACAAGAACAAGAACGUUUUGAGUCUUAGCCAUACUGUAACUGUAACUCAAUGUAAUCUGAAUAUUUAAAUCUCGUGUUUGUAAGAAUAAUCUGAAAAUAGUAAUCUUGAUUUUUGUCUACCAAGUCAUCUAAGUUCAAUCUUUCCUGACUUGAAA